AUGGACACUCUUAAUAUGUUGAGUGCUCAAAUGAAUAAUGUGAUGAAGUUGCUAAGUAGACAAGGUGGAGUUGGUUCAAGUUCAUCUAAUGCACAUGUAGCUUAUUGUUCUAUAUGUGGAGGAUGGAGACAUCAUCCAAAUUUUGAAUUGAAAGACCAAGGCAAUCAACCAAACCCAAUCAAUCCACUAGGAUUCCAACCGAGGCAAUCACAAGCUGAAACCAAACCUGAUUGGGAGAUUGCAGUGAAAAAACUCGCAAAGGUUACUUCGGACAGAUUUGAGCGAGUAGAAGGAAGACUGGACCAACGUACUACAAUGUACAGGAAUGUAGAGAUUCAAAUUGGUCAAAUUGCAAGUGCCUUGACCAAUCGAAAUCAAGGAGAACUACCUAGCAAAACGGAGGUUAACCCCAAGGAGCAUGUUAAGGCCAUUACUCUUCGUAGUGGUAAACAAUUAGAAGAUCAUCCAGUGGUGGAGGUUGAGAAAGGUGAGAGUGAAAAACAAGAAGAAAAACAGAGGAACCAAGAAGCGAUAGUAGAGGAAAAUAGCCGGGAGAAACCAAGAGAAAGUCAACCAUCAUCUUCCACUACUAUUCCGAUACCUCCUGUGAUUCCAUUUCCACAAAGACUCAAGCCGAAUAAGUUUGAUAAAGAUUUUGAAAAAUUUAUUAAAAUUUUCAAACAACUGCAUAUUAACAUUCCUUUUGCAGAUGUUAUUUUGCAGAUUCUCUCAUAUGCGACAUUUCUCAAGAAAAUCAUGACUCGAAAAAAAAAGUUGAAGGACUGCAAAACCAUAGCAUUAAUGGAGGAGUGUAAUGCAAUCAUACAAAAUAAGUUACCACCGAAAUUGAAGGAUCCGGGGAGUUUUUCUAUACUUUGCACCAUAGGUAACAUUGACUUUUCUAAAGAAUUGUGUGAUAUUGGUACUAGUGUAUCAUUAAUUUCUUUAACGGCAGCUAGACAAUUGGAUUUGCAUGAGUUUAAACGCACUAAUAUUACCUUGCAACUAACGGACAAGUCUAUUAGAUAUCCAUUGAGAGGAUUGGAGAAUGUAUUGAUAAAAGUUCAAAAAUUUAUCAUUCCAGUGGAUUUUGUGGUUUUAGAUAUGGAAGAAGACAUGUCUAUGCCGAUUAUUGUAGGUGUGCCAUUUAUAGCUACUGUAGGUACUAUUAUUGAUGUCAAAAAUGGCAAACUCAAGUUUCAAGUAGAUGAAGAAGAGGUAGAAUUUAAUUUGAAUGAAAUGAAAAAAUACCCCGUUUUCACUGAUCAUGCUUAUUCUAUUGGCACAAUUGAUAAACUAACUCAAGAGAUGAGCCAAGUCAAUUUUGACUUCGAUCCUCUUGAGUAUUGUUUAAUGAGUUUAGGUAUGCAAGGAGGUGAUUGUGAAAAAAUUGAAAAAUUGGCCAAAUAUUUGGAUUCUCAAGCACCAUAUAGAAGGAGUAAUUUGUAUGAAAGUCUUGGCCAAGGUAAAGGACUUCCACAGCCUUCGGAAGUUGAACUUCCAAAAUUAGAGCUCAAACCACUUCCAACUCACUUAAGAUAUGAAUUUCUUGGAGAAAAUAGCACUUUACCUGUAAUUGUUAGUGCUGACCUUGAUAAUGAGCAGUGUGAAAAGUUGUUAAGAGUUCUAAGAAGGCACAAGAAGGCAAUCGGAUGGACAAUUUCAAACAUUAAAGCGACCAUGGUUCGCACACGAAGGGCUGUAGUUCGAACUCCUUCACCUUCUUCAAGUGAAGAGCGCACUUCUUCAAUACUUGAGGAGUCACCAGUGGAGGAAUCUCCUUCUCAUGAGUCGCCGCCACGUUCACGGCAUAAGAGGGCAUCUACUAGCCACGAGGAGCCAACUCCAGAUUAUGAUAUCACACGCUUCACAUCCUUAGAAAACCAACAGUAG